CUUCACCUCCCCCACUGAAUCCAGCAUGGGGGAGAAAUCAGAGAACAGGGUUCCAGAUGAUCUGAUCAAUGGCUUGAAGGUUACAGAUCCCCAGGAAUCAGAAUGUGUCAGCCCUCCAGUUUCUAAUCCCAAAGAUGAGCAUUUCCAGAGCAAACUGCUCAAGGAUGUUCAGGCCCAUCCCCAGGAGGACCAGGGAGAAGAGGAGUGCUUUCAUGAUUGCAGCGACUCGUUUGAGAAGGAGGAGCCCGGAGUAGACAAGGUUGAGGACAAACCCGAUGAUGAUGUGAAUUCUUCUGAACUAGAUGAGGAAUACCUAAUAGACCUGGAAAAAGACCUGUCAGAUGAAGAGAAACAGAAAAGAAGAGAAGAGAGCACUCAACUAAAGGAAGAGGGAAAUGAACAAUUUAAGAAAGGAGAUUAUAUAGAAGCCGAAAGUUCUUAUAGUCGAGCCCUUCAAAUGUGUCCAUCCUCCUUCCAAAAAGAUAGGUCUAUUCUGUUUUCAAAUAGAGCUGCUGCAAGGAUGAAACAGGACAAGAAGGAGAUGGCUAUCAGUGACUGCAGCAAAGCAAUUCAGUUAAAUCCCAGCUAUAUCAGGGCAAUACUGCGGAGAGCAGAGUUGUACGAGAAGACAGAUAAGCUGGAUGAAGCCUUGGAAGACUAUAAAUCUAUAUUAGAAAAAGAUCCAUCAGUACAUCAAGCAAGAGAAGCUUGUAUGAGAUUGCCUAAGCAAAUUGAAGAACGUAAUGAAAGACUGAAGGAAGAGAUGUUAGGUAAACUAAAAGAUCUUGGGAACUUGGUUCUCCGACCUUUUGGACUCUCCACAGAAAAUUUCCAGAUCAAACAGGAUUCCUCUACUGGCUCCUACUCCAUCAAUUUUGUUCAAAAUCCAAAUAAUAACAGAUAACAAGAGCUUUAAAAAGCUGGCUUGGAAAUUGUGUGCUGCUUGUUGUUAGCAAGGGGAAAAGCCCUGCCAGUGUUUAACUCUUAAAAGCAUCUUAUCUAAAAGAACAGCUAUCCAGUAGAGCCCAGUGCUGCCUUCUCCCUCUGGUUUUAUGAUCAGGGUGAAAUGCACGUAAAGAUGUAAUGGGCCUAAUUUUAUUUCCAUUUAAGGCAGUGUCUGUGCAGCUAUUAUUGCCCCUGGUUCUGGCUUCAUGUCCUUUGUUUUGUCCAGGAGGAAGGCUGCUCAGCACGACUGAACUCCGUGAGCCACACACACACACACACACACACACAAAGCAGGUCACUAGUUGAAGCCCAGCAAGUCUCCCCCAAGCCAAGCACACCUGUUGGUGGGGAGACUGCCCAGAUGUGAUUGAUGGGGUUCCCACCUGCUGUCCCCUCCCCCUGAAUACACAUCCCGUGCUGCCACAGCUGCCACUAGUGGCCUCCAGCAUUCUCUGAUUUCCUCUCGUGGUAAUAAAGCUUUCUGUGACAGUC